CAAUUUAUCGAGUGACAAAACACACAGAAAUCAAUGAUGAUCGUUAAGCAUCUGAGUUGGUUAGUGACAAUCGCUGUGCUGCUGUUGCUGCAAGGAGCGGCACAGGAACUAGAGCAGGAGCAGGAACCGGAUGUGGAUGUGGAGAUGAUCACGGUUAGUAAAGAAAGGGAACUGGUACCAACUUUGGAACAGUCGAUUGAGCAGCAUGAACCGGAAAUUGAAGCCGCAAAGGAAACAGCAAGCGAACCAGAAAGCGAGCCAGGAAAUGAUCCAGAAAAUAAACCAGCAAAUGAACCAGCAAAUGAAUCAGAAAAUGAACCAGCAAAUGAACCAGAAAGCGAACCAGCAAACGAGCCAGCAAAAGAUCCAGCAAGCGAACCAGAAAGCGAACCAGCAAAUGAACCAGAAAGCGAACCAGCAAAUGAACCAGCAAGCGAGCCAGCAAAUGAAUCAGAAAGCGAGCCAGCAAAUGAACCAGCAAGCGAACCAGCAAAUGAAUCAGAAAGCGAACCAGUAAAUGAACCAGGAAAUGAGCCAGUGGACGAACCAGUAAACGAACCAACAGAUGAACCGGCUAGCGAACCAGCAGCCGAGGACGAAUCGAAGGCAGAUCAGCCAAUGACUACGCCAUCGGACUAUCAGGACGAUGCAGUGCCGCAAGAACCAGACGUACCUCAAGUUGCAGCAACAGCAGCAGCAGCUGUGCCCACUGCAGCCGCUGGAAUCGAGGCGAAGCAAGUGAAUAUAACGGUGCAACACAGUUGCUUCAGCUGCUCCAGCGAUUGGAGGGGUCAUUGCCACCAAAAUUUCACCGAGCGGCAACAGUGCCCCAUGAGUAGCAAACGCAGCGGUUGCUACACGAUGCUCAAGCGGGAUACGAAGCUAAUAAUGCGAGGCUGUGCAUCGGAUUUAACGGAGGAGGGUGACAAAUAUUGUCACAAGGAAAAGGAACUGUGUCUGAUCUGCUCGGGAGUGCUUUGCAACAAGGAUGAGAUACAUGACGCUGGCGCUCAGCUUCUGGGCAGCCUAACAGUCUGGAGUCUAUGUCUAAUUGUUUCUUUGGGCUACGUUUAGAAAUUCACUUAAAUUCGAUUUUAAUAUGUAUUCUGCUAAUUAUUAUAAAAUAUCUUAAUUACUUUUAUUAAUUCAACUAAAUUUGUGUCACAUCUGCAAAUAACUUUCUUUUUGUUGUAUUUUAUUUCUAUUCAUUCAUUAUAUAUUUACCCAUAACGAACUAUUUUUAAUACCUUUUAAGAAUGCUAAUUCGAUAAUUUCAAUAUAAACUUUCUGGAUAUAAAAUCACUAUAAGCAAUA